CGAAACCCGGGCGCUCUACAUGAGUAAAUGGCAUACCGGUACUUGGAAGUUAGUACCUAGUACGCUAGUAACUUACAUAGCUUUCAAUCUUCGAUGUUCAUUGUUCAUGGAAAGGAGCGAGAUGUGAAUUGUGUAGAAAUCAGCCUCGAAGCAUGGCGGAGGACGUGUGGAAAGAGGUGGUGGAUGUGAACAGGGCAAAGUCGAGCUUGCUUCUGCUGGAAGGUCCAACACGCUGUGCAGGACGUUGGCCGGGAUGGGAGAACGUCGACAUAUCAAAUUGCCCAGGAAAGGGCGGCGAUGGGGGUGGUGUGGGCAUUGCAUGUAUUCCGCCAGCAUCGCAAAUGAGGAUCAGACCAGACUGGGGUACUCUGAGCUUCCACCGGCGGAUACUGUUCCUCAACGGGGGCAGACUAGAUUGGCGGCUGGUGGAGGGGCUUCAGCUGAAGGAAGUUGUCAAUCUGGGGACACAGAGCACAAUGCAGAUUACAUUACAUGAGGGAAGAGGAGAGGUCAAGAAGUCGGUCGCUGUCUCGCUGCACUAUCAGCCAACUGAAAGGAACAAAGCAAAUGUCGCCUUCGCCAACCAACAGCAGAAUGGUGAGUCCUUUACGGCAGGGGCCUCUUACGGUCUCUCGCCGACCCUCUCCCUUGGUGCCACGUGUCAGGCAGGGGGCCCCAAGCGGGAGCGGACUCUGGAGUUGCACCUUUCAAACAAGGGCAAGUUCAAUUCUGGCACUGUGACAACAAAACUCAAGGGCAGAGAAAAGACCGUGAGGCUACAAACGCAGCACGGGUCGAACGGAGGGCCCGUCGUAAAGAGCAGUGUAUCGACCACGUCAAAGCUAGCAACCCAGUGGGUGAUUGACGCGCAACUGCCCAUCACGGGGCGCACCAGCCUUGCACAGAAAGUCAGCACGGACUUGCGGUCGAAAGACCGCAUCGAAUGGAAGGCGUCGCACAAGCGGAGUGACGUCCUCCGUUUCGAAGCAGGGCUCGCAACGGACCUGAAACAGGAACGGAAGCUCAGUGCCGAUCUGAAGCUCCCACUGGCCGCAAAUGGCGAGCUACACUUCCGGCUUGUAGCUGACGAGCACUGGAAGAGGAGGUACCAUGUGCAUGUGAAAGAUCCCAGCAAAGGCGAUAAGGCCACUAGAUGGAGUUGCUCAUACGGACAUGAUGCUAAGGAAGGAAGUUCGCUGUCCGCCGAGCUCGUGCAUAAGCUGGACCCUUUCCAACUUUUGCACGUCAAAGCGUCCGUACAAGGACGAAGACCAAGGAUGACAGUCGAGUUGCGCACGCCAGAUUGACAUAUCAAUUGAUUGGUCGACUAUGGGCUCCAGCAAUCAGAAGUUCAUACGGCAAUCUGAUGCUUAGAGCCCGUGCAGUGGAAUAUCGUGUUUCCAGAACCGGAGCUGCAAUGUUUGGGGCACCUUUUGGCACAUCUUUGCUCAGAUUCUAAGCAGCUCCGGCAGGCAGAACUUGUGAAAUGGUCAC